AUGGUUGUCUAUUCAUUCCACAUCUUCGACCGACACACCGAAUGCGUCUACUCCAAGUCCUGGCUUCCGCCAUCAGCGGGCUCCGAAACCGCUGCUCCGACCACAUCCUCUGAUGAUGCAAAGCUCCUAUUCGGCACCGUCUUCUCCCUUCGAAAUAUGGUCCGUAAGCUCGGCGGCGAUGACGAUGCAUUUAUCAGCUACCGUACCUCCCAGUAUAAGCUACACUUUUACGAAACACCCGCCAACUUGAGAUUUGUUAUCCUCACCGAUACAGCGACCCUGAGCAUGCGCAAUGUGCUACACCAAAUUUACAUAAACCUAUGGGUGGAAUAUGUGGUCAAAAACCCUCUGGCGCCUGUGGAACACAAAAAUGGCGAUGGUGUCAAGAACGAGCUCUUCGAGCUGGGCCUUGAUCAGUUCAUCAGGGGCUUGAUGUGA